GUCCCGAGUGAGAAGAAGGGCACCGAAAAUGUCGUGAAUCCGAACGCGCACGAACCCGGCGAAGAGGGAAGACGAGUCAAGCGCCGUUGGAAUUCGCCGCCGCCGCCGCCGCGCGACAAAACGAGCGCACCCCUGCUCCCGGUGAACGCACGGUGGCGGUCUCCAUCCUGCGGGGCAGCCCGAGUGACAUUAGCUUGACUGCGAGCAGCUAGCUUUGCAUCCAGUCCAUGCGCCCUGUUAUCUUGAGCGAAUAACGCCGUCGAUCAUGGCCGCGAGCGCGGGCGAGUGGUGUCUCAUGGAGAGCGACCCCGGGGUGUUCACGGAGCUGAUCAAGGGUUUCGGCUGCAAAGGCGCACAGGUUGAAGAGAUCUGGAGUAUGGAUCCGGAGAACUUUGACAACUUGAAGCCCGUCCAUGGAUUGAUCUUCCUCUUUAAGUGGCAAGCGGGUGAAGAGCCGGCGGGAUCCAUCGUACAGGAUUCAAGACUCGACCGAAUCUUCUUUGCCAAACAGGUCAUCAACAACGCUUGCGCCACGCAGGCCAUCGUCAGUGUCCUGCUCAACUGCUCCCACCCCGACAUGCUGCUUGGAGAGACGCUCACCGAGUUCCGAGAGUUUUCGCAGAGUUUUGACGCCGCGAUGAAAGGUUUGGCUCUGAGCAACUCUGAAGUUAUCAGACAGGUGCACAACGGCUUUGCCAGGCAGCAAAUGUUUGAGUUUGACGCCAAAUCAUCCGCCAAGGACGAGGACGCCUUCCAUUUUGUGAGUUACGUUCCCGUCAACGGUCGACUUUACGAGUUGGACGGACUUCGAGAAGGACCCAUUGACCUCGGUGCCUGCAACCAGGACGACUGGAUCGGCGCCGUCCGUCCGGUCAUCGAAAAAAGGAUCCAAAAGUACAGCGAAGGUGAAAUCCGUUUCAAUCUGAUGGCCAUCGUGUCCGACCGCAAGAUGAUAUACGAGAGGAAGAUUGCCGAGCUUCAGACUCAGCUUACUGAGGAUGAGCCCAUGGACACGGACCAGAGCAGCACGUUUCUCAGCUCCAUUCAGUCGGAGAUCGCAAAGUACCACCUCCUCAUCGAGGAGGAAAAUCAGAAACUGAAAAGAUACAAGGUUGAAAAUAUUCGACGGAAGCACAACUAUCUUCCGUUCAUUAUGGAGUUACUGAAGACGUUGGCCGAGCACCAGCAGUUAAUACCUUUGGUGGAGAAGGCAAAAGAGAAACAGAGUGCCAAAAAAGCCCAGGAGGCCAAGUAAUUUUUUUUUUUUUUUUUGCCUGUGAGCCACCGACAGAUUCUCCGCAUCCGCCGCAUUCACGUCCGUGGCCGCGGGUGUGUCCCGUAGCAUGUUCUUCCUGCUAUUUGUCCGCAUCCAGACUUCAGAAAUGCGGUGCGGGAGAAGAGACUCGCUCUCCAUGCGUUCAUCAGAUGAUGUGCACGAUCGAAGGAAACGUGCGCAGAUGGUCUUAUUUUCAUAAUAAAACUGUCCAGAAGUUUGUAAA